CCAAAAUGGCGGCCUCCUUGGGGUGCAACAGUUUGCUGAGAACCUUUACAAAAUUUACUAAUUUGAGGGUGCGUUCUAUAGACAACCACAUUUGGACACCAGUCAUAUCUUGCUGCUAUUGCACGAGUAGUGUGGAAAAGCAAGCAAGCUUGGGUGUGAAUGCAAAACCCUCCUUAAAAGAACCAGGCAAUGUUACUUUAAAAGCUUCAAAGCAUGCAGCAGAUAUUGGAUUGCCUCCACUUGGGACGCUAUCAUUUGGGAAUCCAGAAGAGAGUCCAGUCAUCGAAAAACCAAAAGAUCCAACUGACCAUUACAGGGAAAGAUUUAUUCCAAUUACAAGAAGAUCCAUUAUUCGUCACUUAAUGCAAGAACCUGAUUUCCUUACUGAGGACGAAAAGAAGAAAUUUGAAGCAUUUGCUCAUGCAUUGGAUAGUGCUGUUGUCAACAAAUAUCAUGGCUUACUGGAGGAGCUUAAGACGUUGUUCGACCCGAUCAAUCCAGACAAGGACACCGUCGGCAGCCGAAGCUGAACCGCCGCCCAGCGCUUCGACACCGAGUUCUGGUUGCUACAGAAGCUUCUGCCGGCGACACUAGUCAGCCGUACGCUGGACGAGCAUGUGUCGCGACGAGAGGGCGUCACGGUGAGCGUCAACACCGACCGAUACGACGUCAUGAAAUUCUGGGCGCUGGGAAAAGAGACGCCGAAGCUGGAGGUGACGCGCCUGCAGCGACUCGCGCAGAGGUUCCUCCGCCGCACGAGGGCGCCACCGAACAUCGACUACUACAAGCGCGUCGUCGCGGCGACGCGUCUGAAGACGGACGACAAGCUGAUGCUGAAGGCGUUCAAGGAGAUUCCGUGCAACGCGCUCGAGCAGCUGCUGCCCGACGGUCAGGUGAAGAUGAGCAACUUUGACCGCACACUGCUGUACACGAUGCUUGGCUGCAGCGCGCUCGGCGUGUUCGCAAAGCUCAUCACGUGGCUCGCACAUUAUCAGAUCGAGUGGACUCUGAUCAUGGCUGUAGUGUUCGGUCUUGGAGCCGUCAGAUCGUGGACUGUGUACAAGAAUCGCCACAGUGCUUACCUUGUAGACCUCUCUAGAAUGCUAUACUUCAAGAACAUAGCAAACAACCGUAGUCUUCUAACACUGCUGGUGGACAGAGCAGAAGAUGAGACCUUCAAAGAAGCCCUUCUGUGCUACGCGUUCUUGCUGAAACAACGACCGCCAUCAGCUGCACAGAGUGCAGUGCCACCUGCUGGAGACUAUGGCGGGAUCCCUGCGGGCGUUUUGGAAUCUCGUGUGGAGGAGUGGGUGAGAAAGAACGCCGGCAUUGGUGUGAUUUUCGAUUCACUUGAGUCCGUCAAGCUGCUACAAAGUUUCUGCCUCCUGAGGCAGGCAGACGACGAUGACCUGCUCUACGUUGUGCCACUAGAUGUCGCCAUGCGCAGCCUUCCUCAGCAGCCACAGACACUCGUCAAGAGGGUCGAAGAAUCUGACAUCGUCGAAGGUUACGAGCGAGACAUAAAGUACGAGGAGAGCGAGGCAGAUUACAAGAAAACCGAUAAGAAGAAGCGGCGCUUCGGCUGGUGGUAAUGGGUCAUUAUUCUUGUGCCAACUUGAUUUCCCGUGUCACAGCACAUUCGCAUCGUGAUCGCUCCCCGAGUGUGCCUGUCUAAGGUGAAACGAUGGCUAAAGAAAGUGCAGCCUUCGAUAUUAAUUUAUUAAUUAUCUGAAGUACUUUGUGACAAUCCUAUCUGCAAUCUGUCGGUGUACAUGGCGGGUUCAACCAUAAACAUUCUAGAGAGCAAUUCUAGAUGGUUUGUAGGUUGGCGGCGGUACAGAAUAAUACAACUGUAGUAUGUGUAUGCACCUCAUAAGGCUAAUUUAUGUAAUAAAUAUUUCACAUAGAACGGCAAUAGAAAGUAGAAACGUUUGCAAAAUAUAGGCUGUAUGAAAAUUACUAGUUUUCGUAUGGAUUUUUAUGUCAACCAUACAAGUAAAUCGCAUGGCUGGCUUCUCAAGUGGCUGUUUGUGCACUUCAUUUGAUUACACUGUCUAGUGCUUGGCCCACAAAGAUCUGACAAGUGCUGGCCUAGGAAUGAGAUUGUCUCGUUGGAUGUGACUUGCAUUAACUCGAUUAUUUUGUUAGUAUACUAAUAUCAAUAGAUGCAACUGUAUUGAUAUCAAAAUUUCACAUAUGGUGUAAUGUAAAUAAAAAAAAGUAGGCAAUGACCACCGACAGGUAAAA